AUGUCGCAACAAUUCGUUACUUCAUCCAGUUCUCCACAUGGUAUUAAUUCAACGGAAAUUAGUCAUUUAUCGAUGGAUACUCUGUUUAAUGAAAACAGUGAAAAAUUAAUAUUAUUUAAUGAACUUAAUAAUCAAUUGAAUGAAUCGUUAAAACAAUAUGAGAUGUAUUCAAAACAGCGUGAUAGUUUAUUAAAACAAAUGUAUACAGAUCAGACGAAUGAAUUAACAAGAGUCAAACAAGAACAUAACAUACUCAUGCAAGAAUUCACGUGCAUCAAAACGAGUUUCAAUGAACAAAUUAAAUCACUAGAAAUGCAGUUAGCCGAUAAAGCUAAUGAUGUAGCUCAUUUAAAAGAUGUAUUAUUAUCUCAGAGUCAAGAAAUUGAUAUAAAAACAACGAAAAUCAGUAUGAAAAAUUUUAAAUGCGUUGAAACUCUUGACAAUGAACUUCGUCUACAGUAUGAAACAUUAUCAAAAUUAUUGGAUUCAACUAUUACAGGAUAUGAAAACCUUUUUAAAUCAAAAGAAAAUGAACAGGAAAAAAUGAUUUCUAUAAUAAAUGAAAAUGAACGUCUUACAAGACAAUUGACGCAAUAUAUUUCAUAUGAAAAAGUGAAUAUUGAACAUCGUGAAAGUUUAGAAAGAAAGAAUAUGGAACUAGACAAAGAAUUAUGUUCAUUAAAAGCACGUUUUUGUAUACAAGAAAUUGAAAAUAAUGAAUUAGUAUGUAUUAAAGAUGUCUACUAUUUCAUAUAUCAUCUUCUGAAGGAACAUAAACUCGUUUGA